GAGUCACUUUGACAGCCUGAAGGCGCAGUACCCUGACCUCCUGGCCAACGUGGAGGCCAAGUUCUUCGCCAUAGCCCAGAGCUACUCUAUCAUCUUCCAGAACAAGAAUGACGCCAGCCAGUUCCAGAGGGAAGCCAAUCGUGCUUGUGUAGUGUGGACUGAUCCGAGGUCUCAGCUCCCACACCAGCUUCGAGUGCGCGCUGACCUUCCCCAGCCUGUUCGCAAGAAGAAGCGUGCAUUUCACAAACUUUGGCUCCCAGUUCGAGACCUAUUGCAGCAAUCGUACAUGUGGUCGCCAGAUUGUCAGCUCGGCAUUGACGGCUUCCGCGGAGUGAUGAGGGUGAAGAAUGACCUAGACGUGUGGAACCUGAUUGAGAUCAAGCAGGUCAGCAUUCGCAAUGGUGAGGAGCAGUUCACAUUCGAACCCAAUUUCGAGGAGCUCGAGGAGUGGGGCAUCACCAGGGGGACGAUCAUGGCCCUGAUUGAGUCCCAGGAGACGCACGGCACGCCCAGUGACGUCACAUCGCUCGAACGUGAUUUUAAGGAGCACCUCCACUUUGGCAGCUUCUGUCCAGACCAGCCUGGCGCUGGAGGUGUUGUCACCAGUGUGCGCAAGAGUCUUCGAGAGCAGUUCGAGAAUGUAGCCUUCUCCGAGGUCGCGAAGGGGAGAAUCACGUCCUUGGGAUUGUAUGGGCCGCAAGCUUCACUCCAGAUUAUCAAUGUUCAUUUUGUUCCUGGGCUCCCUCGCGGUGUUCUUCUGGAUCAGUUUCGGAGAGUGAAGCGUGCGAUGUGGUCAUCAGUGACCACCGCUAUCUUUCUUCUCGGCGAUUUCAAUUUUCUCGAAGCAGGCGACACCAGGUACUCGAUUCUGGAGGACAUGGAGCGAUAUGCACCGCCUCGCUUUGCGCUGGAGUUUCGGAAGUGCUCCCCUUCCUUGCUCGAGGUCGCCCCGGCCACCUUCACCCACCGC